AUGUUAAUUCUAUUUAAAUAAAACCAGUGAAGGUAAUGUCAAACGUUAAGAAUACCAGCUUCCUGUGAAAUGUGAAAGGAAGGAAGGAAGUCAGCACUGAUUUGAGAAAUACGAUUGUAACAACAGGUCCAUCCCUAAAUGAGGCAAAUCUUGGAAUCACUUCCAACUUAAAACCAUUACUAUGCACCAAGCCAUGUGCUAGACACUGGGACAAAAGAUGAAGCACCUCAGUUUACAUAUUACAGGGUGUAGCAAACAAUCAACAAGUCAUAAGAUAGAUAGGAAGCAUUGUGAAUUAAGUCAGUUGGUUUCUAGAAGCAUUGUGAAUUAAGUCAGUUGGUUUCUAUUAUACCGGUAUUUCAAGAAAAUUAUUUAACCUGCUGACUUUAAGAUCCUAAGUGUCUUCUCUGUGUGUCACACAGGAUAGACCUCUGAAAAGUGGCAUAGUUACUUCUGGGGUAAUGGCUGUGUUUAGCCAAGGCAGGAUGGGGGGAGUUUGCCCAUGCUGACAUAAAGGGCUAUUCACUCGGAUUCACACAUUCUCUCCUAGACUGAAUUGCACAACUCCUAAAACCCAUCCUACAGAAAUUUGGGAGUCAUCACUGAUUCCGUGGCAGCCCCUAUCUAAUAGAGUGGUCAGUUGCGUUUCUUGGAAACAGUCCUGCCCGGGAGAGGAAGAAUCUCUCUCAGAUUUUAGCCUGGAGGAAGACAAGAUGUCGGCCCCGCCUCAGGAGUUGACUGACACUUUGGCUCCCUUCCUGGACACGCGUUCAGCUCAAGAGCUGCCUCCAGGGCCAGAUGGGUUUGUUGUUCCACAUCAGGAUCCGAAUGACAAGCUGACUGGACAACAAAGGCACCCGGAGGUGGUUCCAGUGCCAGGCUCGGAUCAAACUCAAGUCGUAGCUCUGCCUCCUCAACUCAGAAGUAAGAUUCAAGCUGUAGGUCUAGAUCAGGCUGCAGAUCACCAAGCAUCUGAAACACUUGUUCCACCUGUGGAUAGUCAGAGUUCAAGACCAGGAAGGUUUAUUAUUUCACCAAAGAACCUGAAGAAUGAUCUAGGUCAGCAUCGACGGCUUGCUAAGGUGGUUCCUGGAACUUCAGAUCAAUUUACAUCGAAACCUCAGCAACAACCACAAACUCUACAGGAUGACGCUUAUCUAGAUCCAAGUAUGGGUAUAGUUUAUCCUACUGGUCCACCUCUGGAAUUCCCAGAGAACUUCGUUGAGCCUCCAAGGCCCCCUGAACUUUCUCAAUUCCACCUAGGGGAUGAAACUCAAAAUCCAGAGACCCCUGAGGAGAUCCGAUCUUCUUCACUCCAGCAAGAAGCCUCAGAACAAUCCCCUGAGGAGGUAGAACCUUCUUUAACCCAGCAGGAGGUCCCAGCUCAGCAGCUACCUGAUACUGGAGAGGUUGUAGCUCAGCCAUUAACACGUGAUGAAGUAGAUGUUCCAUCUACAAGUCAGACUGCAGCUCAGCACUCACUCUUCUCCAGAGUCACAGGUAAACCUGUGGAUCUGGAGCUUACAGUAACUCCAGAGGCAGGUACCAACAUUGAACCUGCUCCAACUCAGCAGCAGGCCCCAGCUCAGCCUCCAGAGCACCCUGAGGAGGUAGAACCUUCCUCAACCCAACAAGAGGCCCCAGCUCCUGAGGAAGUUGAACCUCCCUCAACCCAACCUCAAAGACCAGAGCUCUCUGAGGAGGUGGAACCUUCUGCCACCUGGGAGGAGACCCCAGCUGAGUUUCCAGGCUUUCCUGUGGAGGCUGAACCUUCCCCGAGUGAACUGGAGCAGUCAGCUCAGCCUUCUGAGUCUCCUGAGGAGAGUGAAACUUCUCUGACCCAGCAGGAGGCCACAGCUCAAGCUCCAGAGUCUCCUGAGGAGAUUAUUGUUCAAAUGCCACCAAAUUAUGAGGUGACAGUUCAACCUCAUCAUUAUAAUUUGCCCCAUGUUACAGUUAAACCUCCGGAUGUGGAGGUUACCAUCACUUCGGAGCCUUCCAAGAAGGCUGAAUCUUCUGCAGCCCAGCAGGAGCAACAAGCUCAGUCUCCAGAGCAUCAUGAGGUAACAGUUUCUCAAGUUCAGCCUCCAGUGUUACACUAUGUCGCUAUAAAACCUGUGGAUCAUGUGGUUACCACAACUCCAGAGUCCACGAAUGAACUUGAAAUUCCAAGCCAACAGGAGGCCCCAGCUCAGUCUUCAGUGGUCCCUCAGCAGUUUAAACCUCUGAAAGGCCAAGAAGAGGUUAUAUUUCAGCAGCCCAACUUCCCUGAAAAGGAUGAACAUUCUCCAGUGCAUCAAGGGGUCCCAACUCAGCCUGAAGAGCUUCCUGAGGAACCAUCUCCAAGCCAGCAGGAAAUCUCAGCAUUACCUCAAGAGCCCCCUGUGGGUAUUGGACCGUCUCCAGGCCAGCAACAGCACGUAACUCAGCCCCCAGCAUCCUAUUCGGUUUUCAGUCCGAUUGGUGAUGCAAUUACUCUGUCACCUCUAGAUCUGUCUAUGAUUUUCAGAGGUCCUUCAGUGUUGCCUAAAACCACAGUUAACCAUGUGGAUUUGGACAUUACCAUAACUACAGCAGAGCCCACUACGAAUGCUGAGCCUUACCCAGUCCAGUGGGAGGGCACUGCUCAGUCUACAGUUUCCACUGAACAGGCUGAAUUUUCUGCAAUCCAGUCUGAUCCCUUUGCCCCACUUCAUGAUCCCCCUGAAAUGUUUGAGUCUUCUGUAGCCCAGCAAGAAGCCACAGCUCAGCCUCCAGAUCACCCUAAGGAGUUAAUACAUUCUCCAGUCCAACAGGAGGCCCCAGCUGAGCCACCAGCGUCCCCUAUGGAGGUUGAACCAUCUGGGACCCAGCAGGAAGCCUUGGGCCGUCCUCCAAAGUCCACUGAAGAGGUCAGACCUUCUCCACCUCAGCAGGAGUUUCUAGCUCAGCCUCCAGAGCCGCCUAAGGAGGUUGUAGCUCACCCUUCAGUGAAUUAUGAGAUGCCAGUUCCAUCACCAGGUCAGGAUCAAGCCCAGUAUCCAACAUUGCCCACUGUCACACUUCAGCAUUUGGACCUGGCCCUUACCAUAACUCCAGAACCCUCUACGGAGGUUGAACCUUCUCCAACCAGGCAGGAGACCCCAACUCAGCCUCCAGAGCCGCCUAAGGAGGCUGUAGCUCACCCUCCUGUGAAUUAUGAGAUGACAGUUCCAACACCAGGUCAGAGUCAAGCUCAGCGUCCAAUGUCACCCACUGUCACAGUUAGUCCUUUGCACCUCCAGCUUACCAUAAUUCCAGUGUUCACUGCAGAGGAUGAACAUUCUAUAGCUCCUUCUUCAAAGCAUCCUGAGGUGACAAUUCCACAUCCAGACCAGAUACAGACUCAGCAGCCAAACUUGAAUGAAGUCACAGUUAAACCUUUGGACCAGGAAUUUACUGUAACUUCAGAACACACUGCAGAGGUUAACCCUUCUCCAACCAUGCAGGAGACCGCAACUCAGCCUCCAGAGCCGCCUAAGGAGGUUAUAGCUCCUGCGUAUUCUGCGAUAACAGUUCCAACACCAAGUCAAGCUCAAGCUCAAGCUCAGCAUCCAGCGUCACCCAGUGUCCCAGUUCAACAUUCGGACCUAGAGUCUACCGAGAGUUCAGUAUCCACCACGCAGGCUGAACAUCCUGUUGCCCUGGAGAAGCCUGUAGCUCCACCUCCAGACCAGGUUCAGACUCAGCCUCCAAACCUGCCUGAAGUUACAGUUCAACCUUCUGAGAUGGAUUUUACUGUAAAUUACAUCUCAGAACAGAAUGCCCCCACAUAUGCCACCAACAUAUGUGAGCUCUGUACCUGCAAAGAUGAGACAAUGUCGUGUGUUGGUCUCAGCCCAAAGAAGAGGCUCCGCCAAGUGCCUGUGCAGGAGCCUAAUGCCUAUAAUGGCACCUUCACCAUCUUAAAUUUCCAUGGAAAUGCUAUUUCUCACAUUGAUGGGAAUGUAUGGAAAUCAUACCCUUGGACUGAGAAACUAAUUCUCAGUGAAAACAAUUUGACGGAAUUACGCAAAGAUUCAUUUGAAGGCCUGCUAUCCCUCCGGUAUUUAGAUUUAUCAUGCAAUAAAAUACAGUCAAUUGAAAGAGGUACAUUUGAAACCCCACCGUUUUUGCAGUUUGUAAAUCUUGGUUGCAAUUCACUGACAGAAGUGACCUUUGGAACAUUUCAGGCUUGGCAUGGAAUGCAAUUUUUACAGACGUUAAUUCUCAAUCAAAAUCCUCUGGCCACUGUUGAAGAUUCAUAUCUUUAUAAAUUGCCAGCAUUAAAAUAUCUAGACGUGGGAACAACACAAGUCUCACUUACAACAAUUGAGAACAUCCUCAUGGAAACUCUUGAGUUGGAAAAACUGAUCUUACCUAGCCGUCUGGCCUGCUGCCUCUGCCAAUUUAAAAGUAAUAUUGAGGCUGUCUGCAAGACAGUGAAGCUACAGUGUGACAAUGCAUGUCUGACAAGCACCACAGAUUGUCGUGAAGAAGCAUCUCUAGGGAAUACAGAAGGAUCGCUCAUGAAGGUAUUACAAGCCCGAAAGAAGCACACCAGCACUGAGCUGACUAUUGAGCCAGAGGCACCCUCGGAUAAACAUGGCAUCAGCUUGUCAGGCUUCACGAACAAGCCGCUGGACUUCAAUGACGAAAGCAAUGUUAUUAGUGCACUAAAUUACAUAUUGCCUUACUUCUCAGAGGGAAAUCUAGAAGAUGUAGAAUCAACGUUAUUACCGUUCAUUAAACUGCUUUUUUCAAACGAACAAGAUGGAGACAAGCCCCUGAGUCAUCUGCAAAACAAUAUAAAGACCCCCUCUCUUCAACCUGCAUCCAACAAUCCAAUGUACACAAAUAAACUGAGGAAACUGUAUUUCCUGAAAAAUUUAUUACAUGCCGAAAUUCAAGAAAAAAUUGAUGAGGUUAAAAAGAAAGAAAAAGCUACUAUGCUUAUGCAGUCCAGCCUUUUAGGUCCCAAAUUUAAACGCCAAAUCUUUCCCAAAAAAUUGGAAACCGCUCAACCACAGGAAAACAGCCUGGCAGAGACUGAGGGUAUAGGGAAAAGGCGGCAGAGGAUGAAGAUAGUCCUCAAGGGGCCCAAGGGCAUAAGGAAAAAGCUCUUAGUAGAGGAGAGAAUCAGGAGGAAACAGAGUGCCUGGCCAGUUGCAAAGGAAAUUGCCGAAGCGAGAAGGCUUGGGAGACCAGUCCCAAGUGAACUGGAACAGCUUCCCGGGGUGCAGAGCCCCAAGAAGUUUGUGGGAAGCUCCUUGCACACCAAGCCUUCGUUCACGCAGGAGCAUGAGGCAGCUGUCUCUUCUUUACUGCAACAGGUCUCGGUGGGCGUGUCUGCUGCUCCCACCACUGCAAAACCCCCACCUAAGGUUAAAAACAAAUCAAAAGACUUGACCGACACCAUUUUUGUUUUAGAAGACGCAAAUGCUAGAGUUAAAAGUAUGGAGGCUGCUAAGCCAAUCGUACAUUCCAGAAAAAAAUACCGCUUUCGUAAAACUCAUUCCCAUGUGGCCCAUGGGACACCCAAGGGCAAACUAAGUCAAGAGGUCAAAACGGAAAGUUUGCUCAAAAGACUGGUGUUUGCAAACAGGCCUCCGUUCUCUCCAGUCAGGAGCCUCAUCAAUUCCCCUUCACGUGAAGCUUUUUCAUCUUCAGGAGACCCGAGUCAUCAGGAGAAUCCUUUUCCAGAGUUAUUUUCCCUUUCAGAAGUUUCUACAGCACACAUUGGUACAUCCCCUGAAGGAAAUGCAAAGAUUUCUGUAGCAAGCACUGCUGUGCCCGGAGAAGCUGUCCCUGAAAGCCCAACCUAUGAGAAUCCUUCCACUGCAGGGUCCACUGGGGCUGCAUUCAACAUAAUGCCAACGGUUAAAGAAGCCAGCGAAACCCAGUGGGAAUACCACAACACCGGCACUGACUUCACCCCCAUGCCCCACGACUUUAAUUAUCCCGUGCGCUCAUCCCCAGGUGAUCAGUUUGAAAUGCAGCUAAACCAGCAGCUACGAUCCCUCAUCCCCAACAAUGAUGUGCGAAGGCUCAUUGCUCACGUCAUCCGGACUUUGAAAAUGGACUGUUCUGAGAGCCAUGUGCACUUGGCCUGUGCCAAGCUCAUCGCUAGAACAGGCCUCCUGAUGAAGCUUCUCAGUGAGCAGCAAGAAGUGAAAGUAUCCAAGGCAGAAUGGGACACAGAUCAAUGGAAAACCGAGAACUAUAUCAGUGAGAACACAGAACCCCAGAGCGAGCAGAAAGAGCAGGAGUCAAGUGAGCUCACUAAAAAAGUUCCAGGAUAUGGCUAUAACAACAAACUCAUCUUGGCAAUAUCUGUGACUGCAACAGUGACGAUUUUGAUUAUAAUUUUCUGUCUCCUUGAGAUUUAUGUUCACAGGGGAGGAACACAGGGAGAACUGGAAGGAUCCUCGAGGAGGCGCUAUUUCUGCGGAUGGCGACCACUUUGGCUUAGGGAUAUGUACAGACCUCUCAAUGCCACACGCCAGAAAAAUAUGGCAGAGAAGCUACACGACAAGGAGUCUUCUGAUGAGGAGGAGAUUUUCCACAAGGAUGCAGGGGAGCUCACGGAAGUUGUGGUGACCACACCGGUGGAGUCAGCUGAAGCACCGGAGGAGGAGGAGGAGGAAGCAUAGUGCCCCAGCCUGCCUCAGGCAGCCUGUCAAUAAAUUCUCUAACAUUGGCUUCUCA